CCGAUCGUGUUGCCGUCGCCGCCGCUGCUGUUUUUGGGGGAAACGUUUCAAAUUCCAGGAGCGAAUAAACCAGAAACCGGGAUGCCUCUGCCCCCGGCACUGCUGGCCCGCUUGGCCAAGAGAGGAAUUGUUAAACCGACAGAACAAGAAGCUGACGAGGAGAUCAUCGCUGAAGAUUACGACGACAAUAAUGUUGAUUAUGAAGCCACCAGAAAAGAGAAUCUUCCUCCGAACUGGUACAAGGUGUUUGAUCCUGCUUGUGGUCUUCCUUAUUACUGGAACGUGGAGACGGAUUUGGUGACCUGGCUUUCCCCGAAUGAUCCCACUGCUGUGAUCACCAAACCAGCCAAGAAAGUCAGAGCAGAGGUGGUAGACGACAGAGUGGAGAGGCAGUUUGAGAAGCCCGACAGGGAGCGGGACAGAGAGCGAGAGAGGGAGCGGGAAAGAGACCGGGAGAGGGAGAGAGAGCGGGACCGAGACAGAGACAGGGACGACGGGAGAGACCGAGACCGAGACAGGAGGAAGACGAGGAGAGAGGACAUGGCGCCGCCGUACGGCAAAAGCAAAAGAGGCAGAAAAGAUGAGGAGAUGGACCCCAUGGAUCCCAGUGCUUAUUCUGAUGCACCAAGGGGUUCGUGGUCGAGCGGCCUGCCCAAACGCAACGAGGCGAAAACCGGCGCCGACACCACGGCGGCGGGGCCCCUGUUCCAGCAGCGGCCGUACCCGAGCCCGGGAGCCGUGCUCCGGGCCAACGCGGCCAACCAGAUACCCAAGGAGUGAGCCAGGCCGGCAGGAAGCAGGAAGUCAGCGCAGCUGGUCCUCCUCGACGCCCCGUGGUGAAUGGCUGCUCCUUCACUCUAACAUCUGUGUGCUGAGGACGCCGAGCAGCACCGAGUUUAACUCUCCUCUAACCAGUAGAGCAGCUGUAUGUAAAUAUGAUUUUAUAUGACAUUAAGAUUGUCUUUG